AUGGCACGAUCGAUGGUUCUUGCUCUGCUGGCGCUCGUCCUCAUCACCUCCCAGUCAUGCCUUGCCGUGGAAUUCUUUGAGACGUUUGACGAGGAUUACGCUGGUCGCUGGAUCGUCUCUAGCAGCGCAGACUACACGGGCAAAUGGAAAUGGGCUGCCGGCGAAGCUUCGGGCGAUUACGGGCUGCUGGUAACCGAGAAGGCGAAGAAGUACGGCAUCGCAGCGGAGCUCCCUGAGCCCGUGGACCCGAAGAAGGACACCCUGGUGCUGCAGUACGACGUGCGCCUGCAGAACAACCUCGAGUGCGGCGGAGCGUAUCUCAAGUUCCUCAUGCCGCAGACCGCGGGCUGGACUCCGAGCCAAUUCAAGGACGACUCGCCUUACUCAAUCAUGUUCGGACCCGAUAAGUGCGGCUCGACGAAUAAAGUGCACUUUAUUUUCCGCCACAAGUCGCCCAAGACGGGCGAGUACAUGGAGCACCACAUGAAGAAGCCCGCGUCGCCCUACACAUUCGACAAGCUCUCGCACGUGUACACGGCGAUCGUGUAUCCCAACAACACGGUGGAGAUUCUCAUCGAUGGCGAGAAGAAGGCGGAGGGCGAUUUGCUCUCCGGGAAGGAUUUCCAGCCGCCCGUGCUGCUGCCGAAGACGAUCCCGGACCCCGAGGAUAAGAAGCCCGAGGACUGGGACGAGCGCGCCAAGAUCAAGGACCCCGAGGCGACCAAGCCGGAGGACUGGGACGAGGACGCUCCCCGCGAGAUCCCCGACGAGGAUGCCGCUAAGCCCGAGGGGUGGCUGGAUGACGAACCCGAGGAGGUGGACGAUCCCGAGGCCAAGAAGCCCGAGGACUGGGACGAGGAGGAGGACGGCGAGUGGGAGCCGCCCAAAACCCCGAACCCCAAGUGCGAGGAGGCGCCCGGGUGCGGCGAGUGGAAGCGGCCAAUGAAGCGCAACCCCGCGUACAAGGGCAAGUGGACGGCUCCGCUGAUUGACAACCCCGUGUACAAGGGCGUGUGGAAGGCUCGGGAUAUCCCCAACCCGGACUACUUCCACCUGGAUCGGCCGGACCUGGAGAGCGUCGCUGCUGUGGGAAUUGAGAUCUGGACCAUGUCGGACGGCAUUCUCUUUGACAACAUCCUCGUUACAAGCGACCCUGCUGUAGCGGAGAAGUACCGGAGGGAGCGAUGGGCGACCAAGUUCGCCAAGGAGAAGGAGGCGGAGCAGAAGAAGCGCGAGGAGGAGGACGCUAAGCUCAAGGAGUCUGCCGGGAAGGGCGGAUGGGAGGGCAAGCUGUUUGAGACGCUCCACAAGAUAGCAGAUGCGCCUCCUCUCAAGCCCGUUCGCCCCCAGCUCAAGGCCAUCCUAGCAGAGGCAGCCAAGUACCCAUACGCAGCAGUGGGCAUCAUCAUCCUCAUCCCCCUCGUGCCCUUCCUGCUGCUCGUCUCUGUGCUGCUCUCCUCGCCCAAGCGACCGGCAGGGCAGGUGUCUCUAGAGAGGGCCAAGAAGGAGGAUAUUUCUGCCCCUGAUGAUGCUCCAGAGGAGGCUAAGGACGAGCCUAAGGAUGAUGUCAAGGAGAAGGCUGAGGCUGCUGCAGCAGAUGAGCCUAACGAGGGUACCACAGAGCCUGCUGAAGCAGAGGAGCCUGCUGAGCCUGCACCUCCGGAACCCGUUCCUGCAGCUUCGGAAGCCCAGGCUGCGGGCGCGGAGGAGGAGGCGAAGGAGGGGGGUGAGACCAAGGUGAGGCGGCGCACACGCGGGGAUUGA